AACCAAAUUCCCCCAAGUUUCAAGAACAGAGAAACGCUAACCAGAGAACCCCAAUGGAGAUCUUCAUUGUCGUAAUGGGACACGAAUUCGCCAUAGAAAUAAGCAAUCAAGAACAAAUCAUCGGUAUCAAGAGCAAAAUCGAACAGUUCAUCGGCAUUCCCAUCGAAUCCCAAACCCUCUCUGUUUACGGUUGCGAAUUAGUCGACGAACUCAACAUGGAGGAUUAUGAUCAAUUCAUCUCAGACGGUUCGCGAAUCGAUCUCUCGAUCCAUCAAAUAAUCGCACCGCCAAACGAGUUUCCGAUCACUAUCGAAUUCUCCGGCCAACGGCAAAACAUCGACAUCGACAAGACAGAGACGGUUCAUAGUUUAAAGCAGAAAAUCCAGAUAAUCUACGACAUACCGAUUCAAACAAUGUCGCUAUUUCACUCCGGCGUGGAAUUAAGCGAGGACUGCCGGAAUCUGAGCGAAUUUGGAAUCGGUGAAUUUUCGGAAGUGAUCUUGUUUUUGAAAACGAUGAAUCGCUGUUUGAGUGAUUCUCCAUGGAAGAAGGUGAGUUUCGUGGUGAAGACGUCGUCGAGCUUGCUUAAUGCGGCGUGUAUUCCGAUGGAAAUGAAGGAUUCGAGCACCGUGAGCGACGUUAGAGAACUGCUUUUGGCCGGAAAAAUUCUUCCCGACGAUGAGUAUUUAUUUAUUCAUAAACAGAGGAUUAUGAGAGAUAAGUGUAGUUUAAGAUGGCAUGGAGUUGAAAAUGGCGAUUUUCUCUAUGUUUUUAAAGGCACCGUUAGCCGUGGUGAAUUUUAUUGA